GCUCAUCUACUCAUCCUCUGUGCACGCUGAAAAAGAACCAAAACAACCAACCGAAAUCUCUCCCUCUUUUCAUCUUCUCUUCUCAAUCGGCGAAGCUCUACCGGCGAUUAGUUAUUCUGGAUAUGUUAAAUGUGUGGAGACAGAGAGAAUGAGAUAGGAAAAAGAAGACAAACCAUUUUUACAAGAUUGGUGCCAUUAAAUCCGAUUCUUUUUCGUUAACCUUUUCAGGGAUUCUUUGUUAGAGCUUUCCUCUUUUCUGAGAACUGAGUGGAGUAGAGGAAUGGAGAAUAUGGGGCGCAGCAAGUUGGGAUUUCACAACGUGUUGCUGCUCGUCGCGGCUGUUCUAGCCGCGGUGGCGAUUCAAGGUGUGGCUGGAGAUGGGCGGAAGGCGCACAGAAACGCUUACGCGACGAUGAUGUAUAUGGGAACGCCGAGGGAUUACGAGUUCUACGUUGCCACGCGUGUGAUGCUCAGAUCCCUGGCCAAGCUCAAAGUCGACGCCGAUCUCGUCGUUAUUGCUUCCGUCGACGUUCCGGCACGAUGGGUUCGAGCUAUGGAAGAGGAGGAUGGAGUGAAGGUUUUGAAGGUGAAGAACCUGAAUAACCCAUAUGAAAAACAGGCCAAUUUCAAUAAAAGGUUCAAGCUGACUCUGAACAAGCUCUAUGCAUGGAGCCUGGUGGAGUAUGAUCGGGUGGUCAUGCUCGACUCUGACAACCUCUUCCUCCGGAAGACAGACGAGCUGUUUCAGUGUGGACAAUUCUGUGCUGUCUUCAUCAACCCCUGCAUUUUCCACACUGGUCUCUUUGCCUUGCAGCCAUCAAUGGAUGUCUUCAAAAGCAUGCUUCAUGAGUUGGAAAUUGAACGGGACAACCCAGAUGGCGCCGACCAGGGGUUUCUCGUUAGCUACUUCCCUGACUUACUUGACCGUCCAAUGUUCCACCCACCAGCUAAUGGCACCAAGCUGGAGGGUACCUACAGACUUCCUCUAGGCUACCAGAUGGAUGCUUCCUAUUUCUAUCUGAAGCUUCGAUGGAACAUACCCUGUGGACCGAACAGCGUGGUGACCUUCCCAAGCGCACCGUGGUUGAAGCCAUGGUACUGGUGGUCAUGGCCUGUCUUGCCGCUGGGCCUCUCUUGGCAUGAAAAACGUCGAGAAACUCUAGGGUAUAGUGCAGAGAUGCCGGUAGUCUUGAUGCAGUCGGCAAUGUACCUAGCACUGAUGGUGCUGACCCGAUUGGCGCGGCCCAGCCUAACCAAGCUUUGCUACAGGCGGCCAGACAAGAGCCUCUCCUUUCUACAAACAGGGCGCAAGAUGACAGCCAUUUGGUCCAUCCUAGCUGCCUACGUAGUCCCUUUCUUCAUCAUACCUCGGACAUUACACCCAGUCAUAGGCUGGAUGCUCUACUUGCUUGGAUCAUCAGCACUUGCCUCCAUCUCGAUCAAUGUUUUCCUGCUGCCUGCGCUUGCUGUCCUGACGCCAUGGCUAGGGAUCAUUGGCUCCCUCAUGGUCAUGGCAUUCCCUUGGUACUCAAACGGAAUUGUGCGAGCUCUAGCAAUCUUCGGCUAUGCUUUCUGCUUUGCACCAAUUGCAUGGGGAGCUCUGGUGAAAGUGAUGGUGUGCUUGCAGGUCUCGCUUGAGAGAGAGGCCUUCUUGCCUAUAUUGGGAGAAUCUCCACAGCCUUCUUGGUUCAACAAGUUGUACUGAAGCUCGAUGGCAACAUGACGAGUUAUGGCAGUCAGUCUCAAUUCUUACGAGCCAAGUUUGGAUUAAUUUGGCCAUGGAUCUCGUUCUACAAAACCAUCAAACAAAUACAGAGGAUCAAACAAUUAAGUAGGGAUGAUACAGAGACAGAAGAUACCAUGUUAAAAACCAAAGCUGAUGAGAUUGAAUCCAUGUAUUGAGAGUCAUUCUGUUCAGACAUUCUUUUUGGGAAGUAUAACAACAAUUCCAUGUGAUGAUUCUGUAAAAAUAGACACCUCAAAAUAUUUAUUCUUAGACAUGUACAUCCAGAUAAGUCUCAUACUUUCCUGGAAAAUCCUAUCUUGUAGAUCAAUGUGAAUGGUCCAUUUACAAAAUGAAA